UUAUAAAAAGCUUCCCAUCCCCUUCCUCCGCUCUGACUUCUCCAUUCCUCCACGCUUCUUCUUCCUCAAAAGGAGGGUUUUAAGAGCGAAUCCGUCAUUCCCGUCCUCCUCCUCCUCCUCCUCCUCCUCCUCCCACUCCAUUCCCCCUCAAAAAAAACAUAUCUUUAGCGAGAACGGAGAUGGGAGGAGCAAAUGGAGACGCGGCGGAGAAGCAAGAGGAAGAGGGGCGGAGGAAGUUCGCGGUGCUGCUGUGCGCCGAAGACUCCGAGUACAUGCAGAAAUCCUACGGGGGGUACUUCAAGGUCUUCGUCAGACUACUGGGGGAGGAGGGUGAGACGUGGCACGUCUACCGCGCCGCCCACGGCGAGCUGCCGACGGCCGACGAGGCGGACGCCUACGACGGGUUCGUGAUCACCGGGAGCUGCAAUGACGCGGAAGGAGACGACCCGUGGAUCCAGGGCCUCGUCGUCUUCCUCAAGGCGCUCGACGUCAAGAAGAAGAAGGUCCUCGGCGUCUGCUUUGGCCACCAGAUUUUAAGCAGGGCUUUAGGCGGGAAGACAGGGAGAGCCAAGAAAGGUUGGGACAUAGGAGUCACUUGCAUCCACCCCUCUCGCACCAUCAUCGAUAUGCAGUCUCCACUCGACAUCCCCUCUCAUCUUCCUGUGAUCGAAUUCCACCGCGACGAAGUAUGGCAACUGCCUCCCCAAGCAGAGGUCCUGGCUUGGUCCGAUAAGACAGGUAUCGAGAUGUUUAGGUACGAAGAUCACAUAUUGGGCAUUCAAGGCCACCCUGAGUACAACAAAGACAUCUUGCUGCACCUCGUCGAUCGCCUCCUCCAACGCAACCUCAUUCAGACUUGCCAUGCUGAAAAAGCGAAGAGGAGCAUUGAUACACAUGAACUAGAUCGCGAAGCUUGGAAGAGGCUCUGCAAGGGGUUCUUGAAGGGGAAUCUUUCAUGGUAGCUAGCAGCGAUUUAUCGUUCGGUUGGAAAUCGAAGGAGAAUUGAUCUCUACUAAAGCUCUAUAUUUCGUACAUAGGGACUCGUGUUCAUGGUGAAACGGGAACAGUUUGAUUAAUGCAAAUGUUAAUAGUUGUUAGUUUGCUCUCGAGAUUUAUAUUAGAACAAGAAACAAUAUAAAUUGGAUAAAAUCAAGAUUAUCAUGAAUGAUAUUAUUUAUGAUCGUUUGAGUUA